AUGGCUGCACCCAAGAUUUUCCUCACGGGAGCUAGCGGCUACGUCGGCGGCGACGCCCUGCACGCCCUGCUGGCUGCACACCCAGACUGGGAAAGCAGUAUCACCGUCUUGCUCCGGAACCGAUCGUACGAGAGCGUAUUCCGCACUAGAUACCCCAGUCUGAACCUCUUCUUCGCGACAUACGACGUGUCCGACACCUCGGCGGUCGAAGCCGAAGUCGCAAAGAACGAGAUCGUUCUCCAUUUCGCGGUUAGCGCGGACCACUUACCCUCUGCGCAGGCGAUUGUCAAUGGGUUGAGGAAGAGAGGCGGCGCGGGUGGGAUUUAUAUCCAUACGAGCGGGACGGAUGUGUUGCUUGAUCCGCAGGUAGGGCCAGAGCCUCCGGAGGAUGGAGUGCGUGUUCUCGAUGACUGGGAGGGGAUUAGUGAGCUGAGGUCUUUACCUGACGAUGCCCCCCACCGCGACGUCGAUAAAUUCGUGCUCUCCUCCGGCUCCGACACUCUAAAGACCGCGAUAGUCUGCCCCUCGACCGUCUACGGUCCAGGCCGCGGGCUGGUCUCUCAGCGCUCGGCCCAGAUCCCCGGUUACACGCGGCUGAUUCUACAGUCCGGCCGGGGCCUGCAAUUCGCCGAUGGCAAGACGUUCUGGAACGCAGUGCACGUCUACGAUCUCUCGAGGCUGUAUGUUUCUUUCGUCGAGGAUGCGAUCGCACCAGAUGGACGGGGGAAAGCGACCUGGAAUGAAGACGGGUACUACCUCGUCGAAAGCGGGAUAUACCACUGGGGCGACAUUGCCAAAAGAAUCACAUCCGAGGCGUUUAGACUUGGUCUCCUGCCGUCGGAGGAAGUCUCGGUGCUCGGUAAGGAGAGGGAGAGCCGGGAUAUACUCAGGCCCGCCGGUCGGCCGAUUACCAACUAUGCGGUUCGGGCGGAGGCGAUUCGGGCGCGCCGGUUGCUGGGGUGGAGGCCUGUGGAGGGGACGUUGGAGAGUGAGAUCCCGAAUAUUGUACGGGCGGAGGCGAGAGCGUUGGGGCUGGAAGUGAGAGAAUAG